AUGUUCAAUAUCCGAAACGAAAGCUCUACUGACAACUUUACUUGCAGUAUCAAGAUUAGCGGCACAUCCGGUGUCAUUAUCUGCGAACCUGGUAUGAUUGGCGAUAUGGUUCACCUCAACGCCAGUGGAAAAAAGAUUAUCCUUAAAUCUCGGUGCAGAAUUGACAAUGAUGUUUACAUUGGUCCUGGCGUAGUGAUUGGAAUUGGUGUACACGUCUACGCAAAUUUUCAGAUCGCUGGCCAAACAGAGGUCAACAAUCAUACAAAAGUGGAACCUGGCGUGAAGAUUGGCUGGAAUGCACAUAUUGGCGCAAAUGUAUCGAUUGAACAAGAAUUCAUAAUCGGAAGGAUUGUUGUGAUUGAAGAAUCGGCAGUCAUUUAA